AGAAUACACUAUGAACAUGUAACAACCCGUUCGUAAGCAAGUUCACUUACAAGGAGCCAUUUCUAUCCCGUGAAAAGCGCUGCACUACGAUUAAUCAUACUUUUUCCCCUUUGCCUACGAAUUCAACAGCCAUCAUGGACCCCCAAAUAUCUAAAAAGCGAUCAUAUAGCAACUCACACAGCAUCGGUUUCACCCACACAAAAAAAUACAAAUUACCUUUUUCAAAAUCAUCUUCUCAAGAACUUGCUCAAGGAAAUCCAGAAGACGUUCCCUUGACCGUUCCUACGCCGUCCUUAAUCCAAGAGCCUGCCAACGAGGAGUUCAUCUCUCGGGGAAAAUCUAAAAUAUCUGCUUGGCUUGAAAUUGAUGACCCAGCCUCACCGGCUGAGGCAAAAAUCUACUCGACAGACGAUGAUGACUCAGACUCAGACUCUAUCCUAGGAGGGGAUGCUAGUUCGGAAUUCAUAAUGCAUACGAAUUUUCGAAGUACUGUCCUCCCUGUGAAUAGAAUCGAACUACUACACCCUAACCAUGUGCUUCCACAUUGGGUUCAGAGCCAUCUUGACGAAAUAGAUGCUAUACCGAGGGACGAUAUUCCUGAAGAUAUCUGCAAGAUACAUGCUCGGUAUAUGGACACUGCGAUGAAUGAGAUAUAUGAGGCCCCGAAUUUCCAAGGUAUACUUCUCGCCUUGGACCUCAACCGUGAAGGCUGGGUUGAAGUUGAACCUAAAAUUCCUGAAGAUGACGAAGUCCCUAAGGAUUACCAAACUCUCGAUGAAGGGCUCAGAAGUCCUACCUACACGAAGCUGCUCAAAUAUAGCAGUGGAGCUCUAUUCCAAACCAUGAUUUGCCCCCCCUUAGAGGGAGGCAACACAUUACCGAUCCCAGUACCCGAUAUACUUUUCGGGUAUAAUUUAUUAUCUGUGCCUGAGUUAAGAAUGGAAAUGAAUAACAGCGAUAUCCACACAUUGGUCCAGCCUAACCAAAGCAACGUCUGCUUCCCGUAUCUAGUAUUAGAAGCAAAAGGCCAUCAAGAUUAUUUCAUAAAAGCAGAGAACCAAGCUAUUAUUAGUGGCCGGAUAUCUUUAGAUGAGACUUGGCCGAUAUUCGGGGACCAGGACAUGGUUUUUCUUGUUAAUACAAUGCCAUACCUUGCACAUAUUUAUGUCAUGUGGAGAAGCGUAAGCCCAGUAACGAAGAUGCCUUACUACAACGUGAGGCUUGUUGCAGCCUUCGCCUUGCUUGAUCUCGAACAGUUCAAGAGGUUCCGGUCCGCUAUUUUUCAUAUCCAGUACUGGGCGGAAACCAAUAGGUUGGUGCGAAUUAGAACCGGUUUUGCCGAAUGGAAAGACAAAGGUUACCCUCCGCAUAAGCAUCAGCUAGAAGGACGUUAUAGAGAAUGGAUUGCGCCUUCAUCAAUGGACUUAUGCGAAGGAGACCAAAUGGUGACAUGUUAAUAUAUAGUAGAGAAACUGGUUGAUAUACUAACAGUGUUGGGGCGCUCGUCUUACUUUGUCAUGAACUGCGAGUCUAUAUAAACGAUUAGCUCUAGUUAGAUACACACAUUUCCUCAUCAUUUCUUUAGAAUCUACUACAUUUCAAUUCUCUCUAAGCACCCAAUAUAACCUAAUACACAUGAUACAUGAUGGAAUUAUAUAUGGCCUGCGUUUCCGGAAUUAGGUUGUCAUAGUAAAUAUAGUGGAAAAGCUGAAUUAUAAAAUAAUAUCAUCUGCCGACAGAAAAUACAAUUGAACCACCAAACCGAAGGUAAGAUAGGUUAUAGACUAUGAUGAGUAUUUGAUAUAGCACUCUUAUUCCUGCUAGGACGACGAAUACUUUGUAGUACCUAUUGGAAGGUGGGCAUGUUAGCAAAAUCUAUUGACAAGGAAAU